AUGUCUAUAGAAUUUUACAAUUAGGAUGCUGGAAUGACUUGGUACUUACCGAACUAAUCAAAGGAAUUGUCAGAUGUGUUGAUGAAGGUUGAAAACUCACUUUUCAACAGAAGUGAAAGAGCGUAUAAGUUAUUUAAAGAUUUCGAUAAAGAUAAAGAUGGUUAUAUUUCUUAGUAGGAUAUGAAAUAGAAAUUAGAAGAAAUGAAUAUACUUAAUGGAUAGGAAAUUGGAAUAUUGAUUAAUUAUGUUGAUCCAUCUAAUAAAGGAUAUGCUACUUUUACUGAAUUUCAUGAUAGACUUAGGGCAGGAAUGACGAUAGUUGAUAAUGCUGGAAAUCAGUUAAUUUAAAUUAAUAGUUAACCUGGUAAGACUUUUCAAAAUGCAGCCAAAACUUUCUUACCUGAAUUGUCAAGAUUGACUGAAGAAUUCAAAAAACCUUUCAGGCCUCAGACCAAUCAUACAGAUAUACGACCUUCGACAAGAUUCGGAGCAACUCCUGUUUACAAAAACACAUUCGUAAAUUUUGUUCCUCCGAAGACAUCUCCUAUGUUCAUGACCUAAGGGGAACGAUUUUCGAAAAACAGGGAAUAAUUUAUAUAAGAUGAGAGAAUUCACAAUAACCAAAAAUAUGAAAAUAAACUGAAUAGAAUACGAUAAUACCAUCAAUCUUUGGAUCAAAGAAUUCAAUCUGCUCUGGAGUAAAGGGAUUAGAAGGAUGCAAACAAUUUAAAAUCGAAAUAAAUGGCUUAAUGGACUUAUGAACAUAAAGCGCAUCUUAAAAAUGAUUAUUUAUGA